UUGGUAUCCGUAGACGCAGCAUACUACGAGCUGAGUCAACCCAGUUAGACCCACCCGCAUCAUGAAGGCCUUUCUAGCAGCUCUCUUUUUUGUUGGCCUUGCUUCUGCUCAACUUACAUCGAUGUUGCCAGGGAUAGCUAGUCAAUCGAAUAGUCUAGGCGCCUCUCUUGCCCCUAUGAGAGUUAUGGGCGGUAUGGGAAUCUCAGACGUCUGCAUGUCCCAAUGCGCACAACAAUGCCACUCGACAGGAGGAGGUCUGAUGGCUGGAACAAUGCGUCAUCUCCGUCACUCUGCACAAAGCCCUUACCUUCAGGGCGGUAUUAGCGGCCCCAUGGCCGGCCUCAUGGGUGGCAUGGGCCUCAUGGGUGGAAAUAAUGGAGGUGUAAUGACCGUCUCUGGAGGAAAUCGAGCUCUUCCCGUGGGCGGCUUGAACGGAAUGCAAGCAGGACAAAUAAACGGUGUGGGCGCGAUGGCUAGUGUCGAUAAUCUCCUGACUCCCUCAGCCGUUCAUGUUACUGAAACGGUGAAGACAGUUUCACCUGUCGGACAAGUCGCCGUCAAAGGCUAGAGAUCAUUGAACGGUAGCAGCGUCAAUGGGAUAAACUGGAAGUCGACUAUUCGUUACGUAUCUUCAGAAGACAAUACCUAAAUAUAGUCCGCUUAAUAAACGUUUUGAAUUCAUAUGCAACAGACUAAUUAGUCAA